AUGGAGCCGUGCACCGCGUUGCAGCUGUUCAUUGAGACCACAAGUUCAUGUGUUUUAGUCGCGUUGUUGUUCUCAUUUUAAUAACACCAUGCGUAAUAGAGCACGCAGCUGGGUUAAGAUUACCUGUAAGCAUCGAGGUAUCUUCUACAUCGAUAUGGAAGCAUGUAGAUAUCAUUGUUUCCGAUAAGGUUGCCGCGGCGCUGUAGCACCUACUGAUCGCUUUGCGCAAUUUUCUGUGAAGAAGGAAUUAAAGCCAUCGCUUUUGCAAUGACGAUGGGAGCAACGAGGACCAUGCAUUGUACGCUAGAAGGGCCCGCAAACGCCUUGGCAAUAAACAGAGAUGCCACGCAGGUUGCUGUCGCAGGCCGAAACGUGUUCAAAGUGUUCAGCUUGGAGAACGAGGAAUUUCAGGAGAGGAUAAACCUGCGCGUAGGCAAGAAUCUCAAUCUGAACUUCAGUUGCAGCGAUGUCGUGUGGAACAUGGUUGAUGACCAUAUCCUCGCCACUGCUGCUACAAAUGGUGCUGUCGUCACCUGGAAUUUGAACAAAAGUUCUCGAUCUAAACAAGACAUGGUAUUCCAAGACCACAAGAGGACCGUCAACAAAGUCUGCUUCCAUCCGUCCGAGUCAAAUAUUCUGUUGUCUGGCUCCCAAGAUGGAACAAUGAAGUGCUUUGAUAUUCGCAAAAGGGAGGCUGCAAGCACUUUCCUCAGUUCAUCGGAGAGCGUGAGGGACGUGCAGUUCUGCCCGCACCAUCACUUCACCUUCGCGGCAGUCCAGGAAAAUGGCAACGUCCAGCUCUGGGAUCUGAGGCGCUCGGACAAAUGCGAACGUCAGUUCACGGCGCACAGCGGGCCUGUGUUCACGUGUGAUUGGCACCCGGAAGAGAAACGUUUUCUUGCCACUGGUGGCAGGGACAAGGCAAUCAAGAUCUGGGACGUGAGCUACAAGCCUGUGCUGCAUCAGUGCAUCCAGACAAUCGCCUCAGUGGCGCACAUCAAGUGGCGGCCCCAGAAGAAGUACCAUAUUGCCAACAGCUCCCUCGUCGUGGAUUGCACCAUCAACAUCUGGGACACGCGGCGCCCCUACGUGCCUUUUGCCGCGUUCACCGAGCACAAGGACGUGGCCACAGGUUUUGCCUGGCGAAAUAGCCCUGGUGUGUUGUUGUCAACAAGUAAGGACAGCACGUUGUUCCAGCAUGUCAUGGGUGACGCCAUCAAGCCAGCAACGCAUGCCGACUCGCUCUCGGUGGCCCAUGUACUGAACCCAUCGGGAGACCUAGCCUUUGCGUCCAGUGACCGCUUCUUUGCCGAGCAGACCAACAGGUCUCGGCCUGGGCCUGUGCAUCCGGCAUCUGCCAGGUUCCCAGCGGUCUUCAAGAAGACCACAAACCUUGGCGACAAGUUCAGCCAUGCACAGAGCACGUUAUGCAUCUUUGUCAACAAGGAAGUCGAGGCACUCUCACUGAUGUGGCUACGAGAGAGCGCGCUGCGUUACCAGCUGUCGGGGCGCCCUUUUGGGGAGCUCUGUGACCGCAAUGCCGGGGUAGCAGUUGACCUGGGUCGCCACCAAGUGGCGCAGACAUGGCGAUUGCUCAAAGCCCUUUACACACAUCAAGCCGGCUGUCCAGCAGACUUCCUCAGCCUCAGCGGCCUUCUCGACUCGUCUACCAGGGGCGAUGCUGACCGCAGUUCACAGGAAGGCAGCAACUUCCACACGAGCCGGCACAACAGCGGCAACACCCGCAACCGCAACCACAGCGGGGGUAAGAAGCCUGCCGUGGGCAGCCGACACCUGAGUGGACAGGGUGUCCUGGACAGGGGAUCCCAGGCAGGGCUCGACACCGGAGGGCAGCAGACCACGGGUGAGGACUCUGCCUCCAGCGGCAUUGAGGACGACCAAACACUGGCUUACAUUGCCAGCGGCAUGGCCAACACUCCGGGCGACUUUCUCUUCGGAGAUGACAGUGAGGUUGCUGCGCAGGCAUUCUCCUACAACCUUCAGGUUGCUAGUGCCGGGGGUACGGAAAGCAUGCAACAACAGCAGCAGCAGGAGUGGUCACUGCCCACCGAGGCGUUUGAGCCGCGUCAUCCAAUCCGGGACUCGCCACCCGUACCAGAUCUGGGGCACCCACAGAGCUCACCUACAAGCGGGGACGAAGAAGAGGGGCCCGAGACACUCCUGUACGGUGGUGGCACCGGAGGGGAUACCGAAGACCAGGGCAAAGUGCUGACCGUGUUUCGGCCGCUGUGCCUUCCAGCCUGGAAUUGCCGAGAGGUCGUUCUCAGCAUGCUUACGCACUACGUAGACCAGGGUGAUGUUCAGACAGCUGUAUCAGCCACAAUUGUUCUGGGAGACAAAUUGAAAGGCUGCUUAGAAGAAUCGACAUUGGAGUCCUGGUUUCUUGCGUACAUAGACCUGCUGAGCCGGUUCCAGAUGUGGAAUGUGAUAGCGCGGGUGAUAUCGCUGAGUAACUUGGCGUCGGUGUCCACUCUGAACCAGCAGUCGACCAUUGUGCACACGGUGUGUGGCGGCUGCCAGAAGCCACUGAGCCGCUCAGGCUGGCUUUGCGACCGCUGCAAGGCUAUCCCUGCUCCCUGCGCCAUCUGCCAUGAAGUGGUGCGUGGGCUGUUUGUGUGGUGCCAGGGCUGCGCGCACGGCGGCCACGUACAGCACCUGUCCGCGUGGUUCAGCGAGCGGAGGCUGUGCCCCGCAGGAUGCGGGCACAUGUGCGAGUACACAUAGCACUAGCCUUCCCAGCUUUGCUGCUCUUCUCGUCAGGCCAAUUCGUCAAGUAUAUGCAUGUCUUGCGCCAGGAGAGACGAUUUGCUCGACCGCUUGCUCGAGUACAGCGCCGGAGCACAAGAACGAG